AGCCGGAGAGUGGAACUGCCGGAAGUGUGCGCGCCGGGAGGGAAACGUUCCUGCUGCGGCCGCGGCCCGGAACCUCGCCACCCCGGCGCUCGGAGCGACGAUGCGCUUCGGUGACAACAACCUGAGCGCACCCGCGCCUCGGCCCGCCGCCCGCGCCUGCGCUCGCCUAGUCCCCGGGGAGGAAGACUGAGACCGGCGCAGGCGGCGCGGCGCGGCGGGAGGGGCCGUUUCCUUUGCGCCGUCCCCGGGCGUCCCGGCUUGUUCCCAGCGAUCGAGCGUCCCCGGUGCCGGCCGCGGUCGCCGGCUGCCCCCGCCCUGACCGCCGGCCCGGACGUGCCUCCGGCCGCCGCUGGCAGUGCCUGUGCCAUGGGGCUGCCCACUCUGGAGUUCAGCGAUUCCUACUUGGACAGCCCGGAUUUCAGGGAGCGCCUGCAGUGUCACGAGAUUGAGCUGGAGCGAACCAACAAGUUCAUCAAAGAGCUUAUUAAGGACGGGUCUCUGCUCAUCGGGGCGCUGAGGAACCUGUCUAUAGCAGUCCAGAAAUUUUCCCAGUCACUACAAGAUUUCCAAUUUGAAUGUAUCGGUGAUGCUGAAACAGAUGAUGAAAUCAGUAUUGCUCAGUCACUAAAAGAAUUUGCAAGGCUUCUUAUUGCAGUGGAAGAAGAAAGGAGACGGCUGAUUCAAAACGCUAAUGAUGUAUUAAUUGUGCCACUUGAGAAAUUUCGAAAAGAACAGAUAGGUGCAGCAAAAGAUGGAAAGAAGAAGUUUGACAAAGAGAGUGAAAAAUACUACUCAAUUCUUGAAAAGCAUUUAAAUUUGUCUGCAAAGAAAAAGGAGUCUCAUUUGCAAGAGGCAGAUACACAAAUUGACCGAGAACAUCAGAACUUCUAUGAAGCAUCGUUAGAAUAUGUCUUUAAAAUUCAAGAGGUCCAAGAAAAAAAGAAGUUUGAAUUUGUUGAACCGCUUUUGUCAUUCCUUCAGGGUUUGUUUACAUUUUACCACGAGGGAUAUGAACUGGCCCAGGAAUUUGCACCCUACAAGCAACAGCUGCAGUUCAACUUGCAGAACACAAGGAAUAAUUUUGAAAGCACUCGACAAGAGGUGGAGCGGCUGAUGCAGAGGAUGAAGUCUGCCGACCGGGACUACCGGCCCCCCAGCCAGUGGACGAUGGAAGGCUACCUCUACGUCCAGGAGAAGCGACCGCUUGGCUUCACAUGGAUUAAACAUUAUUGUACGUACGAUAAGGGAAGUAAAACAUUUACAAUGAGUGUUUCGGAAAUGAAAUCCAGCGGGAAAAUGAAUGGCCUUGUAACUAGCUCACCGGAAAUGUUCAAAUUGAAAUCGUGUAUCCGACGGAAGACGGAUUCAAUUGACAAACGAUUCUGCUUUGACAUAGAAGUGGUUGAAAGACAUGGGAUCAUCACACUACAGGCCUUCUCAGAAGCUAAUAGGAAACUUUGGCUUGAAGCCAUGGAUGGGAAGGAGCCGAUUUAUACCCUACCUGCCAUUAUUAGCAAGAAAGAAGAAAUGUACUUGAAUGAAGCAGGGUUCAACUUCGUGAGGAAGUGCAUUCAAGCCGUGGAAACAAGAGGCAUCACCAUCUUAGGCCUCUACCGAAUAGGAGGCGUGAACUCAAAAGUUCAAAAACUCAUGAACACCAUAUUUUCUCCAAAGUCCCCUCCUGAUAUUGACAUUGACAUUGAACUGUGGGACAAUAAGACAAUAACCAGCGGACUGAAAAACUACCUCAGGUGCCUUGCAGAACCACUGAUGACGUACAAGUUGCACAAAGACUUCAUCGUGGCCGUUAAAUCUGAUGACCAGAACUACCGAGUGGAGGCUGUACAUGCGUUGGUGCACAGACUGCCAGAGAAAAACCGAGAGAUGCUGGACAUCUUAAUAAAGCAUCUGGUCAAAGUAUCACUACACAGUCAACAAAAUCUCAUGACCGUCUCCAACCUUGGUGUCAUAUUUGGCCCAACUUUAAUGAGAGCACAGGAAGAAACUGUGGCUGCCAUGAUGAAUAUUAAAUUUCAGAAUAUCGUGGUAGAAAUUCUGAUAGAGCACUAUGAAAAGAUCUUUCACACUGCCCCAGACCCAAGCAUUCCUCUUCCUCAGCCUCAGUCCCGAUCUGGAUCCCGAAGGACACGAGCGAUCUGCCUCUCGACGGGCACUCGGAAGCCCCGGGGGAGGUAUACUCCUUGCCUGGCAGAGCCGGACAGUGACUCCUACAGCAGCAGCCCAGACAGCACCCCCAUGGGCAGCAUCGAGUCCCUCUCCUCUCACUCCUCGGAACAAAACAGCACCACAAAGUCAGCUUCCUGCCAGCCCAGGGAGAAAUCUGGGGGGAUUCCCUGGAUCGCAACCCCGUCAUCCUCCAAUGGACAGAAGAGCCUUGGUCUCUGGACAACGAGUCCUGAAUCAAGUUCCAGAGAAGACGCAGCCAAAACAGAUGCAGAGUCCGAUUGCCAGAGUGUGGCCUCAGUCACCACCCCAGGGGACGUCUCCCCACCCAUAGACCUGGUCAAGAAAGGGCCUUAUGGCCUUUCAGGACUAAAAAGAGCCUCCACGUCCUCGCUGAGAUCCAUCUCUGCAGCCGAAGGAAACAAGAGCUACAGUGGAUCUAUUCAAAGUUUAACUUCUAUAGGUUCCAAAGAGACGCCUAAAGCCUCACCAAACCCAGACCUGCCUCCAAAAAUGUGCAGGAGGUUAAGGCUAGACACGGCCUCAAGCAACGGCUACCAGCGACCUGGCUCAGUAGUGGCAGCAAAAGCCCAACUGUUUGAAAAUGUUGGUUCACCCAAACCAGUUUCUUCUGGACGCCAAGCCAAAGCCAUGUAUUCCUGUAAAGCAGAACACAGCCAUGAGCUCUCCUUCCCUCAAGGAGCGAUAUUUUCUAAUGUGUAUCCCUCGGUGGAACCGGGAUGGUUAAAGGCAACUUACGAAGGCAAAACGGGACUAGUUCCAGAAAAUUAUGUUGUCUUCCUCUAAUACUGUUUAGUGGAUGGCAGUAUCUUCAUGGUAUCCAUGGUAACGAAUAAUAAAUGCUAUGAUUUAUCUGACACAGAUACGGGGAUCAGCCCCCUAAAUGAAACCAGUCAAUUUCUAUCAAGUCCUUCACCAGCAGACCAUGUAGCUCCCUGUCAAUGGAAAAGAAUGUUUUAAAUUGUUUGCCAUUCUUUUGGGGGCUGAUUUCUUCUUUUUAAAUAUCUGCUUUUUUUUUCCCCGAUAAGUAGCACCCUACAAUGUCUCUUUUAUAGCAAUCAUGGGAUCUCGAAUUCUGUGUUAAAUACGAUAUCCCAGAAAUUUCAAAAAACAAAAAUCUGCUAAAUAGAUUUUGAGAUCUGUCCCUAUAUUCUCUGAGGAACCUUGA